AUGUCAUAUGUGCCUUCAUGUGAUGGUGGUGUAUUUAUUGUUUAUGGUUAUGGUGGUACUGGUAAAACUUUCAUAUGGAAGUCGUUGUCAGCUGAGAUUCGUUCGAAGGGUGAUAUUGUUUUAAAUGUGGCUUUCAGUGGUAUAGCUUCUUUAUUGUUGCCUUGUGGUAGAACUGCACAUACUCGGUUUAAAAUUCAUAUCAAUGUGAAUGAAGUUUCGUGUGCAAUAUUCAACAAGUCUACCGAGAGACAUUCUUUGGACUCUGAUAGAGUAUUGAACUCUGAUGGAACAUCCUAUGGUUUCGUUGAAAUACAUUUUGUUGAAUUUCUGAAUAAUUUGAAGUGUUCAGGUACUUCUAAUCAUCCAUUGUUGUUAAAAGUUGGUACACGUGAUGUUAUUGAGAAAAUGUAG